AUGAAGAUCUCUCUUCCUCAAACCCACAAACUCAAACCAGGGAAUGUGGACAACUCGAGCAAAUUCCAAAAGCUGGUGAGAAGCCUGGCGCAGAAUUGUCUUGUGCAUCUGGAAAUUGGAUUUGAAGACAAUGAGAUCCGCACCAAGCGCAGCUUGGAAGAGUUGAUCAAGGCGGUCAAUCAUUUCCACCAACAAGUGGUUGCUGACAAAUAUUCUUCAUUAGAAACCAUUCGGAUUGGUUGGAAAUUGAAAUUUGCGCUCGGGCCCAUCUUACAGAAGGUACUCCCCAUCCUGCUGAAAAAGCCAUCGCAUAUUCGACACUUGGAACUCAAUUUGGAUGCCGCGAUACCAGCGCCGACCUUGCAGAAGCUAAUUGGAUGCACGACUAUUGAAAAGUUGACCCUUCGUUCUAUUAGUAUUCUUAAUCGGAGUGUCAGCGACCCCAUUCACGACCGACGGAUCUUUUCCUUUGACAGCUCUUGGGCGGAUGAUAGUGUCGUGCAGGCACUGCCUUCUUUGUCUCCCACGGUGCGGAAAUUGAAUUUGAUUGAUUGUGAAAUUCAAGAAUAUCAAAUUCCGCGUUUGUGUGAUGCAUUACAGAAGAAGCGAGGGUUGCAAGCCUUGUCACUGCGGCACAAUCGCAACCUAGAAGGUGGUUGGGAAGAUCUCUUUUCACUGCACGUGAAAUCGCUGGAUUUAUCGCUGUGCGACUUGGACCCACUGGAUGGUAUGAAUAUUGCCCGGGCGCUAAGAAAGAACCGCACCGUGAAACGUCUCAGUGUAGCUGGAAACUAUCGAAUGACCAUGGCGAUCCCCGAGCUAGUGGAGGUGGCUGCCAAGACUUUGGUUGCCUUUGACUGUUCCUUUUGUGAGAUCAAUGAUGAUUUUCAAUCUCGAAUAUUCAAGAUAUUGGCCAAUGCAGACCAUUGUACGAUCCGCUCUUUGAUCGUGCAAGGAGCCCGCAUCAAAGACACCAAAUGGCUGAUACAAUGUCUCAAAACAAACAAAUCGAUUCAACGACUGGACAUCCACCAUCCACGGGACGCCAGCAAACCCAUUGGAUCCAAUAGCCUAACGAAGAUCAUUGAAGUUGUGAAGAAAAACUAUUAUCUGCAAGCUCUAAAGAUUGAUGUCUUGCAUUACGAAAAGAAGCGGCAAACAGAAAUGAACUUUUGGUUACAGUUGAACAAGUGUGGUAGACGCGUCAUUCUACAGGAAUGUCAGGAGAGCCCGACACCGACCAUGCAAUGGAUGGAAGUCCUCAGGGAUGCGGGCUUGACUGGCAAUUCCGAUUUGGUCUAUUGGAUGUUGCAGAAUGGAGCCGAACUCUUUUCCACUAAUGAUCGAUCAAGACAUUACUAUUUGGAAGCAGUUCCAAAAUGA